AUGACGGUCAUUCUGCUUUUGAUGCUGCCGGCAGCUUUUUGGAUUCUGCAAAAUGCUGACCAUGGUUAUAAGGAAUCGGACAAAGCCUUGACCAGGAGGAGGCGCUAUGCGAUCAACCCUCUAGGUUAUAAGUGGGACCAUGUGAAUCUGACAUACAGGAUCCUGAAGUUCCCCAGCACCCUCAACAAGGCAGACACCCAAACGGCCAUCGCCAAGGCCUUCCGCAUGUGGAGCGACGUUUCGCCCCUCACUUUCCGCCGCCUGCCUCCCACCCAGCAGGCGGACAUCGCCAUCGGAUUCUACACCUUCAAUCACACUGACUGUUGGUUCUCUCCUCUGCAUCCGUGCUUCGAUGGGCUCAACGGGGAACUGGCUCACGCCUUCCUGCCUCCCCGCGGCGAGAUCCACUUCGAUAACCACGAGUUUUGGAUUCUGGGCCGCUCACGCUUCAGUUGGAAGCAAGGUGUCUGGAUGAACGACCUGGUGCAAGUGGCAGCUCACGAGAUCGGCCACGCUCUGGGCCUGUGGCACUCCCGAGAUGUCCGGGCCCUCAUGCACCCCAACGCCACAUACAGUCGGACCUGGCGCAUCGGCCAGGAUGACGUCUGGGCCAUCCAGCGGCUUUAUGGCUGUGUGGAUGAGAAGAGACAGUGCCCAUCAUGGGCCCAGCAGGGAUUCUGUACGCGCCAGCGAGACUUCAUGAAGCGGCACUGCCCCAGGAUCUGCAACGCCUGCUUCGAGCACCCUUCUAUGUCCGCCUCCUCUUCUCCACCUGCCCGGCCUUCUCUCAUUCAGUUACGAUCCAUCUCUAAGGGCAGAGUCAUCACCUUCCGUUGUGGACUGAACUCCUCCACGUCAGACUUGCGAGUCAGCUGGUAUAAAGACGGGGAGCCUCUCUCCCGCUCCCUCCCGGGCUUCGAACUGCUCCCCAGCCAGGACCUGCGCAUUGUCGCCACGGAGUUCAGCGAAGGGCGCUACGCCUGCUUGAUCCGCCGCGGGGGCAGGACUCUCCGGGUUAACUCCUGGCAGGUGAAGCUUAAAGGGAAGGCCUCCCUGCCCUCCCUGCCAGGGCUGCGUAAGGGCUCAGGUGGAGCACGUUGA